GGCAAGCGGGGCGGCAGCGGGCAGCGCGGAGGGAGGCGCGGAGCGGGCCAGCCCCUGAUGCGGCUCUUUCUCCUCCUCCUCCCCCUUCUGCUGGGCAGCGGCUCCGGCAAUUCCCUCCCUCCCACCUCCUCCUUCUCCACCGCCUCCUCCUCCUCCUUUCCCGGUGGCGGCGGCGGCGGCGGCCGCUGUUGCCACGGCGGGGGAAAAUGAGCAAGGCGGCGGCGGCGCUUCUGCUGUGCCUGCUGGGCUGCAACGUGUGGAAGGCGGUGACCAAAACCUUAGGAGCGCCCGGCGCCGCUCAAGAAGUGACUCUGAAGGUCCACGUAAGUGAUGCCAGCACACAUCAGCCAGUCACCGAAGCCUUUAUUGAGAUUUUUACCAACCAGAUCCCCAUUGCCUCUGGAACCUCAGGAGCAGAUGGCACUGCCUUCAUCAAGUUUCAGUAUAAGCUGGGCAGUCAGCUGAUCGUUACUGCGACUAAGCAUGCUUAUGUGCCAAACUCUGCACCAUGGAAACCAAUAAGAUUGCCUGUGUUUUCUUCUCUAAGUCUUGGCCUUCUUCCUGAACGUUCAGCCACUCUAAUGGUAUAUGAAGAUGUUGUACAGAUAGUCUCAGGAUUUCAAGGUGCACGGAUCCAGCCCAAAGUUCAUUUUCAAAGGCGAGCCUUGAAACUGCCAGAGAAUACCAGCUUUAGCGACCUCACAGCAUUUCUUACUUCAGCUAGUACACCUUGGGAAGUGGAUAGUUUUCCUUAUUUACAAGGAUACGAUGGCAAUGGAACUGGAAAUAACACUAGGUAUGAUCUUACUCCUGUCACUGCAGUUAGUGUUCACUUACUCAGAAGCGAUGGGACUCCAGUUCCAGUGAAUGGACCCAUCUAUGUAACAGUGCCUCUCCCUACAACCAACAACUUGAAGCAUAGCACCCAUGUGCCCGCUUGGAGGUUUGACCAAAAAUUUGGAACAUGGUUGAAAAGCAGCUUGGGCAUCGUAGAACGAGAAGGAAAUGAGAUGACCUGGACGUAUAUUGCCCCACAGCUGGGAUACUGGGUUGCAGCCAUGUCCCCCACAAAUCCAGGUCCCGUUGUAACCCAGGACAUAAGCACUUACCACACAGUGUUUCUUUUGGCUAUUUUAGGAGGGAUGGCUCUGAUACUUCUGGUUUUACUGUGCCUCCUCUUGUACUACUGCAGGCGAAAGUGUCUGAAACCACGUCAUAAGAAACUGCAGCUGUCCUCAACGCUUAGUGGCGCUAAGAAGGACCAGUCAACCUCUAUGUCCCACCUCAACUUGAUAUUUUCGCGCCGUGAGUCAGAAUUUCCUGGCGGGUUGUCUGUUGCCAGCAAUGGACACACAGAAUCCUCCGGCCACAAGGAGCUGAUGGGGGCUGUGCGCAUGGAGAAAGUGUGUUCGGGAGGAGAAGCAGAUAUGCGCACUCCCAUGCUCAAGCACACAUACAGCACCUCGCAAGAGUUUAGUUCCCGGGAGGAGUUGCUUUCCCAUAAGGAGAAGGAUCAGAGCCGUAUGUCUCUAGAGAACAUGGCCUCUAGCGACACUCUGCGAAAAGACUACCUUAAAUCAGUGGAUAGCUUUCCUAUAAACCCCAGGAAAUCUAUGGAGGCAUCAGAAGGAUACGACUCCCCUGACAAAGAAGAUCACAGGAGGAGUUACAGUGCAAUGUUGACUCGGCCUUUAUUUGAGAAGCCGGAGCAGGCCUCCAUGAACCAUAUUUCUACAGGAAGCAAAUACAAUCUUCAGGAGCAACUGUACCCCAUCCCUUCAGCACCCGAAACAGAACUGUUAGACUGCAGGCCCAGUGAAUGUAUGAUGUCUCGCUCUGUUGACCACCUCGAGAGACCCACUUCCUUCCCUCGGCCAGGUCAGCUGGUCUGCUGUAAUUCUGUUGAUCAGGUUAAUGACAGUGUUUACAGAAAAGUAUUGCCUACGCUGGUUAUUCCAGGCCAUUAUAUGAAACUUCCUGGAGAACAUCCUUACAUUAGCCAGCCUCUGGUUGUCCCCACCGAUCAGCAGAUCGACAUAGAAAGACUCCAGGCGGAACUGUCGAGCCCUCAUUCACAGCUCUUCCCACACUCGCAGCAGCAGAUGCAGCCCCAGCAGCUGGCCGCUCAAGCAAUAUCUCAGCAGCAUUUGCAAGAAGCUGGAGCAAGUGAAUGGAGCACCCAGAAUGUCUCCAUGUCUGAAUCUGUAUCCAUUCCGGCAUCGCUCAACGACGCCUCUUUGGCGCAGAUGAAUAGCGAAGUGCAGCUUCUUACAGAGAAAGCUCUCAUGGAGUUAGGAGGAGGCAAGCCUUUACCUCAUCCUCGGGCAUGGUUUGUUUCUCUAGACGGGCGCUCCAACGCUCACGUUAGACAUUCGUACAUCGAUCUUCAAAGAGCUGGGAGGAACGGAAGCAACGACGCCAGCUUGGAUUCUGGGGUGGACAUGAACGAGCCCAAAUCCGCCCGAAGGGGAAGGGGAGAUCAUUUGUCCCUGCACCAAACCCACCUGCAAGUUCAGGUACAUCCACAAAAGGAGCAGAAAGCCCCCGACAGCACAGCUUACACGCAGCUUGUGUAUUUGGAUGAUAUGGACCAAAGUGGCAGCGAAUGCGGUACUGCCGUUUGCAGCCCGGAAGACAGUGCUCUGAGGUGCCUGUUGGAGGCAGGGAGCAGAAGGACGGGCAGCCAGCUGCCCAGCCUGCAGGAGGAGACGCUAAAACGAACAGUGGAAAGUUCACCAGAGCCUUUAACGAGCCCAGAGCACGGAAUGACUGUCCAUAACGAAGCUGAAGAUGAUGAAGACGACGAGGAUGAUGACGACGACGACGAUCAAGGAGAAGAUAAAAAGAGUCCUUGGCAAAAGCGAGAGGAGAGGCCACUGAUGACGUUCAACCUAAAGUGAGCUGUGGUCCAUUCAUCUUUCUCCCCCCCCCC